ACACCGCACAGUGCACAGGAGGAGGUGGAAUUGACUGUGACUGAAGACCGCCUUACAGACGAGCUCCUGAAGCUUAAGAUGGAGGAUGUGCGUUCCUUGUGUAGGCAGUGUGGCGUGGAUAGCAAAGGGUCUCGCAUGGACCUGAUUUUGAGACUGCAGGGACAAAUGAAGAACCGAGCAUCUUAUGACAAAAUGUUCCAGCAAAUCUGGGGGGCUUCUGGUGGCUGGGCAGUAGUGACGUGCCCAUGUUCGGUAGUAUAUGGAGUAAAGUUCAAUCUCAGGGCUGAGAGCCCUAGGGAUUUUACAGACAUGUUGCUUUCUAUGAAGCAUUUCCCAAAUGUGACCCUGUAUGACUUUGCACGAGGACUGGCAACUCAUGUCAAUGUCAGAGAGCCGGGAAUUUUUAGACCACAUCAGGGAAGGCUGCUGGAGCCUAUGGCAUCAAACAUUGCCCUUGCCAGCUCAGGCCAGGCAAAAGUGAGUCUACCAUGGCUAGCGCUUAGGAAGGAGGUCCCUGAUGUUGAUGGCCACCCCAUUUCUGGAUCGGCAGACCAUUACGCAUUGUAUGAUCGCUUCCAUGAGGGCAACACCAAGGAUGCCAGGGAUGUCUUGCGGAGGGUGGAUCUCGUGCCUGAGAUUUGUGGCUGGGUGAAUAGCCAGACGGCUGAGCAACUAUUUUCUGACAUGAGGAAGAAUAACUAUUUUUUAAACAUGAUGUCCCCUUCCUCACACAUCUUCUUAAUGAGAAAUAUAUUGCACCACCUUAAUACCAUCAAGAAUUCGGCAACCAUCCAGAAGAUGAGAACGAUGCUGGGUCCAGGAGUGGACAUCCAGUUCAACACAAAUGGCCAGACAGUGCUUGCUGAAACCACUGGGACCAGAGACCAGAGACCCACUCAGGAGCCUGCCUCGCCCACUCAGGAGCCUGCCUCGCCCACUCAGGAGCCUGCCUCGCCCACUCAGGAACCUGCCUCGCCUCCAACUUGUGGUCCACACUGCGCUGACUCAACAGACCUCAGGAAAGUAAGGCCCUGCAGGCAGUCUUGGACACCUGGAGGCCGUCAUCCUCUCCAAGACCAAUUGUUAAGCUACAUUCUGGAUGAGAGUCGUCCCAGCCAGGAACUUGUUGUGAAAGAUGGGCCAACAUGCUUGACGAGGGAGAAUUUCCUUACCUUGGGUCAUAACAGGUCAAUGGACUCAAUGGUGGGAAAUGCUUGCCUCCGUGUUGUGAAGGAGAUGACUGAACACCAGGGAAAACAUGUAUUUGUUGUUGACCUCCACAUCCCCCCAACGUGGCUCCAUCCUCUGAAUGCAGACCCUUAUCACGCCUUUCCAGUGGACGUCACCAGCAUGGACGCAGUUAUUGUCCCCUUGUGGACACCAGGCCAUUUUUUGGUUUGUGGCUGUGGCUAGAAACCUGAUUCCUGGAAUUGAGUGGACAGAGGAGACUGGCUUGGAUAUUGAGGUAAUAAUU